UUCGCAUUUAGUUUAACAUUGCUAUCAUCGUGUUUUGUACGUAUUAUGUUUUUCAAUACGUAAAAUAAAUGCAAAAAGAUAUGUAUAGCUUAUUGAAGUACUGCUGUUAAAAUAAACAUGGAAGAUAACUUUACUUUUGAAGGUAAAGUGAUCCUAGUGACCGGGGGUGCAACAGGCAUUGGUGCAGGAUUGGUCCGAAGUAUACUAUCACAAAAUGCUAGGCAUGUCACAUUUCUUGAUUUGGCGGAACAUAAGAGCGAAGUCUUGGAGAGGGAGCUUAAGAAUAAAUUCGGUACACUGCGAGUGAUGUUCAUUAAAUGUGAUGUAUCCGAUGAAAAACAAUUGAACGAAGCUUACAAUAAAGUUAUAAAUAAGUUUCACAGGCUUGAUAUAGUCAUUAACAAUGCAGCAAUCCUUAGCGAGGAGGAGAAUUUGUACAAGAGAAUGGUUGACGUUAAUUUUUCCGCUGUUAUUUCCAGUACACUAAGAGCGUUAGCUACUAUGGCAGUGGAUAAAGGAGGAUCAGGCGGUGUCAUCCUGAACGUAUCAUCUAUGAUGGCUCUUACACCCAGUAACAGUCUAGCAGUGUAUUCUGCGACAAAGGCAGCUGUUCUACAGUUUACAAAUAGUAUUGCUAUCAAUAAAUCAUACUCCAAAUCGGAAGUUCGUGUAUUGUCAGUUUGUCUUGGACCAACCGACACUGCGAUCCUUCACAAACAUAACUCGGAACUUUUUGACAAAGGCUGUACGCAAUGUUUUACUUCGCGUGUUCCAGAAAGACAGAGAGUUGAGUCAGCUGUAAAAGGUAUAAUUGAUGUAAUAAAGAAAGCAGAAAAUGGCUCAACGUGGAUAAUAGCUAGUAAUAAGCCUCCUGUAGACAUUACCGUAAGUGUCAGGGAGGGACUCCAAAAUCGCUGUAAUGACGUCGGCGGAUCGUUAUCAUUAGCAAGAAUGACUUACGACUUAAAGGAUAAAGUUAUUUUGAUCACCGGAGCUGCCACUGGUAUUGGUUCCAGGGUGGUUCGGAUAGCUGUUGCAGAGGAGGCAAAGCAUGUUGCUAUCUUAGACAUAGCAGUGGAAGCAGGUAUCGCAUUCCAAAAUGAACUAAACUCUGAAUACGGGAACAAUAAAGUUCAAUUCAUUAAAGGCGACGUAUCAAACGCUGAAGAAUUAAAUGCAGCGUUUGCCAAAGUCAAAGAUGAAUUCGGCUACAUUGAUGUCGUGAUUAACAAUGCUGGCAUUCUCAACGACAAUUUACAGGUUUACGUUAAACAAAUAGACAUCAAUGUGACAGCGUUGGUUACUAGCUCUUUAAAAGCAUUAGAACUGAUGCGCAAAGACGAAAGGGGUAAAGGUGGUGUUGUGAUCAAUGUGUCAUCGGUAGCAGCUAUUUGUGGCGUACCAGAUACACCAAUUUACAGCGCAACAAAAGCUGCCGUACUGAAGUUUACUACGGCAAUGGGUAGUGACUUGUAUUAUACAAGAACUGGAGUUCGAUUCUUGACGGUUUGCUUCGGAGCGACCAACACGCCUCUACUCUCCGCAGAAAAAAUGGGAAGUUUUGAUCCCAAAGUUGAAGCUGGUAUUGUGGCAACAUUAAAAAAAUUGAAAUGGCAAAGCCCUGAGUCUGCAGCUCGCGGAGUUGUCGACACCUACAAGAAAGGAUCAAGCGGCAGCGUGUGGUUGAUUAGUGGAGACAAACCAGCGGUUGAAGUGACUGAUUUAUAUAACAAAGGCAUCGCAUUGUUUGAUCACCUAAUAUAUAAUUGAAUUUUAUACUUAUCUUUCACGUAACUUGAUGUUUUUGUAAUAUCGAUCAAAUAAACUCUUGAUAACUUUU